AUGUUCAACCGGCUACGAAUGCGCAAGGAGAAGCCGUCGAAAUCGGAAACGAUUUCCACGACCAACACCACCGUCAUACAGGAUGCUGCAAAGGACAAUAAAAAGCUAAUCCUGGACAAUAGCCGCUGGGAGAGACGCCUCCAGAAGGAACUGAUGUCUUUAAUAAAGGAACCCCCGCCAGGCGUGUCGGUGGAUGAGGAAAGUGUCAGCCAAAACCUAACCCAGUGGAUAAUAAACAUAGACGGUGUGGAAGGAACACUGUACGAGGGUGAACAUUUUCAGUUGCUAUUCAAAUUCAACAACAAAUAUCCGUUCGAUUCGCCGGAGGUUACUUUUAUAGGCUCAAAUAUACCCAUUCACCCGCACGUCUACUCGAAUGGUCACAUAUGUCUUUCGAUCCUAACGGAUGACUGGUCGCCAGCGUUGUCAGUACAAUCAGUGUGUCUUAGUAUAUCAUCGAUGUUGAGCAGCUGUCGAGAGAAAAGACGACCACCAGACAAUGGUAUAUACGUGAAGACAUGUAACAAAAAUCCCAAGAAAACUAAAUGGUGGUACCACGAUGAUUCCGUGUAG